AUGGCGAGUUUGUCCCCAUCAGCCGCAUUGGCUAGGGAAAGCAAGAACCCCGUCAUGCUGCUAAAUGAGAGGCGCCGUGCUCUAAAAUGGGAGGAAAAACAAACCUCCACCGGUUUCGUUGUUUCCGUUAUAAUCAACAAUCAAACAUACACGGGCAGUGGACCGAACAAAAAAGCCGCGAAAGCGCAAGCAGCGUUGGAAGCAUUUCGCUUCAACCCAAGCCUUUUGGACAAUCCGAUAGAUUACACUUUACAAAACGGUAGAAGCCCCGUUGCUGAGCUCAAUGAGCUGACGAAUGCUUCUGCGCGGUGGAAAGUGAACGAAAGAGAUGACGAAGGAAUGAUCAAGGCGACCGUCAUUCUCCAGGAGCACGAGUUCUCCGCCCUUGGCCAUCACAAAAGAAUGGCCAAGAAUCUAGCCGCCAAGAAAGCUCUCGAAGGGAUCCCAUUCAUCGAAGAUCUUCGAAAGCAGAAAAACAACCGUCGCCAAGUCAACCACUUGAACUCUCUAAACAAGGAUCCUCUCUGCGAGGUGAACGAAAAGCUUCCUCGGCAAGUUCAGUACACCAUCAAAAAAGAAGCUGCAAGCAAAGAUGACGCAAGUAGCACACCUUCUGUCGCAGUUACUGCCACGUACUGUAACUGUGAUUAUGAGGGAUUCGGGGCAACUCAGAAGGAGGCCAAAACCGAUGCCGCUCGAAAGUUGCUCGCUGAAAAUCCGCAUUUACAAAACAGUCAGGUGACUCUGGCAGAUGGAAGGAAUCCACUUGCUGUUCUUCACGAGCGAUUGCCAGAUGUUACCAUUGACACAAUUGAAUCUGGAAACGGAAUUUUCAAGGUCAACGCGGUCUACGGAAACACACGCUUCGAAGGGAUGGGUUUUAAUUUGAACCUGGCCAAGCGACGUGCUGCGCAAAAGCUGCUCGAAAAGUACCCUGUCUUCUUGGAAGAAAUUCCACUGACAGCAAAUGGACUUCCUCCCAUUGCUGAGCUCGCCCAGAAAGUGCUGCUCAAGUUUCAAACAGUGAAAGCGGAAGCAGGACAUUGUAUUGUACGAUGUGAACUUGACAGCAGAAACGUCUUCACUGGUGAAAGCUGGAACGUAAAGAUAGCGAGGCAGAAAUGUGCCCUCAACGUCCUCGAAAACUAUCCCUUGCUCAAAAAGGACAUGCCCAAGUUGGAAGAUGGACGUAGUCCGCUUCACGUUUUGAAUGCGAAACGGCCAGCUUUGACGUACGAACUUGAGCAGAAGCACGACGCGAAAUGGAUAGCCCGAGUGACAAUCGCGCAGGAGCAGUUCUGUGGCGAGGGUUACAAAAAGAAUAUCGCCAAGGCAGAAGCAGCGCAUGAGAUUAUUAAACGUUUCGGAGUGGAAAAUCUCGAAGAAGAGAAGGAGCGCGUUCUCUGUUUGGAUGGAACACAUCCCACCACGAAGAUUAACGAGCGGUUUCCAGGCUUCGUGAGCUACCAAGAGCUUGGUGAAACCACUUCAUCUGGUGUGAAGAUGUACACGAUUCAAAUCCAAGUCCGCACCAAUCUCGGCGCGCAGAAAUUCAAAGGAUCUGGCAGAAACAAAAAGCUCGCACGUGCCAAAGCAUCGCUAUCCGCACUCCAUCACUUGUUCCCUGGUGAAUACUGA